CAAUAAGACGCGCGGUCCUCCCCUCGGCCGGCCCGGCGGCGGCUCCGGCGCUCCCCGUGAGGCAGCGCGGCUUCAGCCCGGUAACCAGCCAAGAGUGUGUGGUGGUCUCUGUAUAAAGCAGCUCUUGAGCCUGUACUGGGAUUUGUGUAGGUUGUUCCUUUGCCAUAGGAAAGAUGUAUUGUUAUUAGAUGUCAGACCAGCUGCUAUCUGUGCUAAGCUGCAACCAAAAUGGCAAAGUAUAGGCUCGUUCUCCUAAGACAUGGGGAAGGAGCCUGGACCAAGGAGAAUCGCUUCUGCAGCUGGGUGGACCAGAAGCUGAGCAGCGAUGGGAUAAAGGAAGCUCAGAACUGUGGCAAACACCUCAAAGCGCUGGGCUUCGAGUUCGACCUCGUCUUCACCUCAGUGCUGAGCCGCUCCAUCCAGACUGCAUGGCUGAUCCUGGAAGAGAUGGGCCAGGAGUGGGUCCCCAUCCAGAGCUCCUGGCGGCUGAAUGAGCGUCACUAUGGAGCUCUGAUCGGGCUCAACAGAGCAGAGAUGGCUCUGAACCACGGGGAGGAGCAAGUGAAAAUCUGGAGAAGAAGCUACGAUGUUACUCCACCUCCCAUCUCUGAAUCUCACCCCUACUACGCAGAGAUAUACAACGACCGCCGCUAUAAAUGCAGUGAUGUCUCUCAGGAGAAUCUCCCAAAGGCUGAAAGUCUCAAAGAUGUGCUUGAUAGACUCCUUCCCUAUUGGAAUGAAAAGAUAGUGCCAGAACUGAAAAGUGGCAAAAUGAUUCUUAUCUCUGCUCAUGGCAACAGCAGCAGGGCAUUGCUGAAGCACGUGGAAGGCAUCUCCGAUGAGGACAUCAUCAAUGUCACCCUCCCCACUGGUGUGCCCAUACUUCUUGAACUUGAUGAGAAUUUGCACCCUCUGGGCCCUCACCAGUUUCUGGGUGAUCAAGAAGCUAUCCAAGCUGCCAUCAAAAAAGUGGAAGAUCAAGGGAAAGUAAAAGCUGCUGAGAAGUAAAAUCCUACUCUCUAUCACAGCUGUGUUCAGUGUGGUAGUAAGUGAGGGUGUGUGUAUGACUGCUAGGUUGUGCUGUGUGAAUGUCUCAAUUUGAAGCACUAAAUAAUUGGAAGGGACAAUUGUUGAGUCUCAGGUUGGUAGUUUAACCCUCUGCCUUUUCAAAAACUGGAAUUUAGAUCGCAGCGUGAGGUUUUCUAUACUGGAAAAGGAAGAGAUGAUUCAGGUAAUGAAAACUUGCAGGGCAGUCUGCCCCAGAUCCACCACUGAGGAUGGUCCAGUAGAGAAAUAAUGGGAUGUGUUCUUGGUGUCUACCAACAAUCAAUCCUCAUCUGUUAAUGAGAGAAGCAGCAGCUUACUGGACUAAUUAAAGUCCAGGAUGUUACAGGCACUAAAACUGUCACUGAUAAAAUGGAACCAGGUAACUCUGUUAUCAAAUAUGAUUUUUCUGUGUCACAACAGCCGUGUCAAUUUGUUCUCAAUGGAUUUCCUUCAGUCUUUCAGAAUGCUUCCAGCUGGAAAACUCUCUGCCUUUGUUUUUCUGAGUCUUCUGUGGCCAGUUCACGGUCCAGAGAAUUUUGUAGAGAUGUUCUGACUAUUAGAGUUUACACUUUAUUCAGUUUUUAAGGAAUCCAGAUGGAAUCCCUUUUCCUCCACCAUCUUUGCAAAGCCUAGCAUCACUGCAUUUUGCUGGUUUGCAGUAAUAGGAUUUAAAUCAGACUUUAAUCCACAAAAGAAGCACAAAGGUUUUCUGCUCUGUUUAUCAUGUAGCUCCUAGUGAGGGACCUGAAUAACUUUGAAAGACUUUGGUAAGAUAUACUAGAGGUUUGAUCACCCCUUUGUCAAGUUGAUAAAUAAUUCCUGCUCACCUCAGCAAAAGUGACCUAGGGAAAAACCCCUCUUUCCUGAGUUGCAAAGGUAUCUUGAUAAAUGUGUUCCACAGUAACAUUACUGUGGCAUUAUCUUUAUCAAAUUCUCUGAAGGGCUGGAAGAGAUGCAUGAAGCAUGUCAGAAGUGUUGCUGGGUGCAGCUCAUUCAGCCAUCCUGCUGGUAAGGAAGGAUAUUCUGCCAUGCCUGAAGGUGGUCCCCUGUAAACCUCUCCUCACAAUUGUAGCUUGAUUCCUGCAGAGUGUGGCCUUGCUGUUGUUUGGCACUGGAUUUGACCAGUUCAUCUUGUGGUUGGAUGCAGUGUAUCAGGUGUGGCAGCCUGGUGUUCUUGUUGUCUACACAGGCACCAGGUAAUUCCACUUUUGAAGACUUGCUCUUAAUCUUACCUGCAAAUACGAAACUGUUAAAAAGUUUAUAUCUGACCCAUUGUCUCAACACCUGAGCAUCUGAUUCUGACCUUGGAUAUCAACGUGGGUGACACCUGUGCUGCUUGAGCUGAAUGUGUUCUCAGCAUGGCCCAGCUACAAAUCUCAAUGUUGAUGAGCAUUUCCUUGAUGUGACCCUAAAGUUCUAAAAUCCUAGAGGAGCUGCUGCUGCAGCAGUGAGCAGCUCUGUAACUUGCUUUUUAAGUGUGAGAGGAUGUUUUUUCCUUGGAGGAGAGCAGUGUGACAGUGUGGUGUGCCUCUGACAGUCUUGCUGACAUGUGGAGCAAGGCUUUGCAGUCUGAUGCCAGCUCACAUUAGAGUAGCAUGUACUCCAUAACAUUCUUCUUUAUAGAAGGUAGUUUCUCAUGCAUGAAUGGUGCUUGGGCUUCUCUUUGGUUUUGUUUUUGUAGCCCUUGCAGUAGGAACAAUGCUACAUAAAGCUGGUAGGUUUCCUCUUUCUUUGUACAAGAGAUAUUUCAGUGUUUUUUGGUUGUUUUGGCUUUUUUUCCUCUGAAAUGCUAUUGGCAGCUUCUCUGCUACUUAAUUUUGAUACUGACUUAGUUUCUGGGGUUUUAGUUUCUGUGCUUAGGGUAACUCUGAAUCUUAGUUGGUAGUUUACAAGUGAGUGUCACAGCAUUAAAUUGCUGAUCAGCAAACAUUCACCUGUGGAAACCCUGAGAGAAGGCUUUCUGGCACUCAAGUGAAUAAACUCUUCCCCAAACAUUAAAUAAUGUAUGAAGCUCAAUAUCAAGUAAAUGUUACUGUGGACUUUAAACCAGACUAGCAGAGCCACCUGUUGCCAGUGGGAACUGGAUGCAUCCAGGUGUGUGAGCACCCAGGCCACGUCCAUAUCCCUUUGGCAUUGUGCAAUUAUAAUGUGGAACUUCUUCAGGAUGUGACACGCAGCUGGAAUAUGCUUGGAAAUGAACCCAGCUGAAUCUUUUCUUUCCCUUGUCUCAGAGAACCCAUGAGCUCUUCUGUGGGCAAGGAGGAGAAUGGAAAAGUGGGUGAGGGAAUUUAGGGAGCAUUACUUGCAGCUGAAUGGAUGGAAUUGACUGAAAUCAUCCUUUGAGUCAUGGACAGGAAGAGGAGAACACAGGUGUGAUGUUUUCAGGAGGUGCUGCAUGAGAUGUGAACAGUGACAGUGCUCUGGGAAGUUUGAAUUUGUUUGCUUGGAUUGUGGCUCCAAAGUGAUGGCAGGAUUUUAUGUGCACAUCUGGCAGCAAUAACACCUCACAAAAGUAUCAAGUGGAACCAACUGGGGAUUUCACCGUUUUCUUUAAGAUUAUUUUAAUGCCUUGCAAUUCUGAGUAACCUUUUAAACUAAAUUAAUAAACCUUUAAUUAAAAUCCUGAUUCAGAAACCAUGUCUGUUGAAGAACAGAAACCAAAUUCCAUCAACAGUGGCAUAAGGAUUUCUGAUCUUCAGGCAUAGCUGCAUCAAGAGGGAGAAAUGAGAAUCUUGCUUUAGAGAUCAGUGGUUGGGAAGCAUUUUU